ACGUCACGUUGGCCCCACCCAAACCCGGAAGAGUCGGCCGGUUAGCAGCAGCAGCAGCAGCAGCAACAACAACAACAACUCUUCUUCUUCAGGGGAGGUAACGACGACGUGUUGUCCACAAUGAAACAGCUGCUUCCCUGUGGAGAAGACGCUUUUUUUUCUGGCAGCGGUGAAAUCUUGUGUCAAUAAAUGUGUGACGGUGUUGACGUGGCUCACAUGACGGGGCUGUGAGGAGCUGUCGAUUCUGGUUCUCAUCGGUCGUGUCCACGCAGAGACCCAAGCUAACGUCACAUCGGUUGAGCUAACACCACCGCUGUCACCGGGGCUAACGGCCACAAGACUCUGUAAGCAUGCCCAGGGAGGCAGAUCACCCAGAGUGUAGAGGAGACAAGGAGUCGAAGGAGGAAGGGGGAGCGCAGGAUGGUGCAGAGGAGACGGUGAGGAAGAGAAGUACUCCCGGCAGUCAGGUGGCGAACACUCCGCAAGCCAGCCCUCUCAGGUUCGUGUCCAAGGAGGAGCUGAUGGAGACGGCCAAAGGUCUCUCCAACAUGGCUCUGGCUCACGAAAUAAUUGUCAACCCGACUUUUCAAGUCAAACCUACGGAGCUUCCUGAAGGAAGUUUUGAGCGCAGGGUGAAGGAAAUCAUGCAGAAAGCAUUCUGGGAUGUUUUGGAAGAGCAGUUGAAGGAUGACCCGCCGUGUUACGAUCACGCCAUCAAGCUGCUCGCCGAGAUCAAAGAGAUUCUGCUGUCCUUCUUGCGCCCGUGUCACGACCGUCAGCGCUCCAGCAUCGAGGAGGUUCUGGACCUGCCUCUGGUCCGGCAGCAGGCGGAGAACGGGGCUCUCGACAUGGGUCGACUGUCCCAGUUCGUCAUCCGGAUGAUGGGCCUGCUGUGCGCCCCCAGCAGGGACGAGGACAUCGACAAGCUGAAGGACAUCACGGAUGUCGUGCCGCUGUUCAAGGCGAUAUUCUCUGUCCUGGACCUGAUGAAGUUGGACAUGGCGAACGUGGCCCUGAGCAGCAUCAGGCCCCAUUUGAUGCAGCAGUCUGUCGAGUACGAGAGGAACAAAUUCCACCAGUUUCUGGAGAAACAACCGAAUGCCUUGGACUACACUGAGAAGUGGCUGGAGGAAGCGGUGAAAUACCUGAGAGAGUCUGGACGGGAUGGUUCCGGUGCCGCCUCCUCCGACCCUCCCCCACUCCUCCCCGUCGACAUCCACAAUCACGCCUAUCUACGCCUGCUGAGGUGGGACCACUCCUCAGACCCCUUCCCCGAGACCGUGCUGAUGGACCAGGCUCGGUUCCAGGAGAUGCAGCAGGAGGCCGACCGGUUGGUUCUGCUCUCGUCUGUGCUCCUCAUCGUCUACACGACGACGGGCGAGGCCAUCUCGGGCCUGCCGGGGCUGAUGGAGACGCUCAAAAGCACGGUCAACGUCAUGCUCGCAGACAUGCACACGCCGUCUUUCAGUGCAGAGGAGGCCUUAGCCACCAUCGGAGAGAAGCUGUGCGUCGAGCUCAGCCAGUGUCUGAGCCAACAUGGCUACUCGCCUCUCUCCGCUGACCGGAGGGGCAUUCUGAUGGGACAGAUCUCGGCCACCGUCCAGCCAGACAACACGGUCCACAAGUUGAUGGACUCCCGGGUGCAGACCUACCUGCUGGCCUCCCUGGAGUCCAGUCAACACAAGAGCCCCCCUCCUCUCCCAGGAGGCCUGGCUCCGGUCGGCAGGGAGCUGACGGAGCUCGCCGUUCACUUCAGCCGCCUCGUCAACUUCAACAAGCUCGUCUUCUCCCCGUUCUACCAGAAGAUUCUGCAGAGUAUGCUGACGGCAGAGGAGGCGGGCGGCACAGAGACGUAAAAAAAAAAUGAUUCUGAGUAUUCAGAGUAAAUCCAGCUCUCUGCACCUUAAACUGACAUAAUUAGAAAAACACUGGCUCCCAUCUCAGCUGCAUUAACUCACAGUAUCAAACCUCCGUCAUUUUAAUUGUGACCUCACAACAGUUUUGUUCAAUAAACGUGCGUUCAGUAUUACAGUAGUUAUACAGCAGGUGUUGAAUACUAUAAUGCUGUUCUAUAAUCCUCAUAUAAUUUUUCAGGGAUUAGGACUGAUAACCUACACUCUUAAUUUAAUUUAAUUUAAUCCUAUUAUUCAGUAAGAGAUGUCAGACUCAAAGGGCCUUUGUUGACGAGAAUGAACAAGACAACAAAUGACAGCAUGCUGCGCGUCGUAGAGAAAUACUGAGACAGUGGCUACAAACACACUUUAAACCUUAGGCUUGGAAUUGAAAUUAUUCUUUUUCAUGCUCAUCAGAUUAACCUGGUUAUAGUGUCAUAAAAGAUAUCUGGUACUCAUUUCCUUCAGUGUAUUACAAAUUAAAACCCAACAUGGUUUGUAUUUGUGCAUUAAAGGGGCAGUAAGCAGAUUCUAAAGCGAUACACGCUUUGUCAAAAUCAGCAAAUAUUUCCUCACCGUCAGUUUCUCUGUCGCUUUUGUGUGAGCUGGAAAAAAAUCUGUGUUUUUUGCGGCUCGACCCAGGCUCUGUAAAAUCGUAAACUAAAAAAAAUGGCGCGGACAGCCCCACACAACACUGCGAGUGGAGUUUGUUCACGUCACUCGUCGACACCCUAAGAGACGCGCUAGCGGGUUGCGCUGCAAGUCUGCGGUUUCACGUCCCGGCCGGAGCAGUAAAAUCACAACAACAACAAAGAGAGAGAAACAAGCUUUCUCCAAAAUCGCUUACUGCCCCUUUAAGAGAGAACGUUGCCCACCUGUAAGGCAACAACGCAUAUUUUGCAACCAUUUCUUCAGCGCGCCAUCGCUCCAAAAAACAAACUCCGUCGACCUUUUGCCUGGAUGUUGAAAGCCUCUCUGAGGGUCUGAAAGUUUUGCAGUGCAGCAGGGGCCGAUACCACGCAGAGUCUAAAACGUUAUCACUACAUUCAUCCAAAGUGUAUAAACGGUUGGAUGGUGUGUUACUUAACUUUAAAAAAAAAUGUGUCCCACUGAAAUAGGAAAAUAAACGGCGUGUAGAUAUUUUAGAUCCACUGAAUGAAAAAGAUGAACAUGAACGUGAGCAGACCAGAGUUGAAACUGUUGCUCAUGUAAAUUGUUACUGAGCUUUUGUACGUUGACUUCUGUAACAUAUACGUAACACCUCAUUUAGACAUUUAGAAUAUUUAUUCCUCGACAAACCUUUUUUUGCUCUGGCUCUUGACAUUUCUGAAGCGUAUUUUUAACUUGACCACAGAACAGUUACUGUAUGGCGGUCGUAACAUCUCCUCACCACCGCUCCAGGCAGAAUGAAGCUCGUUGCUCAAAUGAAUAACUCGCAUUCAUUAAUUCCACAACACAUGUUUGUGUUGAAUGUUCUGACAUACCAAUAAAAGCAUUGUUUGUCCCACA